CAUUAAAUCGACAAAAUAAAAAGUGCAGUUAAUUUCUGAACGAACAAAACACGAAACAUUCCCGCCAAAAUGUCAUAACAGCUACUUCAGCAGUGGUACUAUCAAAACCCAUUGUGAUAUCGUUCAUCAGACAUAUUGACCUCUCUUUCUAAUUUGAUAGGAUAAAAUGAGAAAAGUAUACACUUAGAUGUGAUUUAUGUGUGAGAUUUCAUUAAGUGGUUUGAUGUUGCCCAUUCCGUGAUCGCGCAAGUCGAUUGAUGUGAACUAAAAUCUCUUUGUUUACUGUGAAAAAAUAGUGAUUAUCUUCGGCGUUAAAUCUUGUGUUAGAUAAAUAAUUAAUAAAACACCUAGAUAAACACAAAACCUGUGAAUUAUGGAUGUAGCCGACACUUAUGCUACCCAAAGUCAAGUAAAAGAUGAGGUUGGAGUCAGAUGCCAGAAGCUUUUUCAAGAUUUCUUAGAAGAAUUCAAAGAAGACGAUGAGCUAAAAUAUGAAAAACAGUCGAAAGAACUUCUGAAACCUGAACUUAGCACCUUAGAAGUCAGCUUCGACGAUGUAGAGAAGUACAACCAGAAUCUCGCUACCACGAUCAUCGAGGAGUAUUACAGGAUAUAUCCGUUUUUAAAUCAGGCCAUAUUGAAUUAUGUUUUGAGUCUGGCCGAUAGUGGUAUGAAAAAAGAUCUGCAGGACAAAGAAUGUUACGUUUCAUUCGUUGAUGUGCCAACGAGACAUAAAGUGAGGGAGCUGACCACUUCUAAGAUUGGCACGUUGAUCAGGAUAUCCGGUCAGAUUGUGAGGACACACCCUGUGCAUCCGGAACUAGUUUUGGGCACAUUUGUUUGCUUAGACUGCCAGACAGUCAUCAAAAAUGUGGAGCAGCAAUUUAAGUACACAAUCCCAACCAUCUGCAGAAAUCCAGUAUGUGCAAACAGGCGAAGGUUCAUGCUCGACGCAGACAAGUCAGUGUUUGUGGAUUUCCAAAAGAUACGGAUCCAGGAGACACAAGCUGAACUACCGAGGGGCUGCAUUCCACGAUCCUUGGAAGUAAUAUUAAGGGCUGAAGCUGUGGAAUCUGUUCAGGCUGGUGACAGAUACGACUUCACGGGGACUCUCAUAGUGGUCCCAGACGUAGGCUCCCUCUCGUUCCCGGGGGCGAAGGCCGAGAUCACGACGCGCACGCGGCACGCCAACGAGGGCCAGAUGGAAGGCAUCAAGGGAUUGAAGGCUUUGGGAGUGAGGGAACUACAUUACAAGACAGCCUUCCUCGCAUGCAGUGUGCAAGCGAUAUCACGACGCUUUGGUACUGCAGAGCUUGCUACAGACGAUUUGACCACCGAAGACAUGAGAAAACAAAUGACUGAUAAGGAAUGGGAUAAGGUAUACGAGAUGUCUCGAGAUCGAAAUUUAUACAACAAUCUGAUCACAAGCCUGUUCCCGAGUAUUCACGGGAACAAUGAGGUCAAGAGAGGGAUUCUACUUAUGUUGUUUGGAGGCGUUGCUAAAACUACAAUUGAAGGCACAACCCUCCGAGGCGACAUCAACGUAUGCAUAGUGGGUGAUCCCAGUACGGCCAAGUCACAACUACUCAAGCAAGUGAGCGAGAUUACGCCGCGGGCUGUCUAUACCAGCGGGAAAGCAUCAUCUGCUGCUGGUCUUACUGCAGCUGUCGUGAAGGACGAAGAAUCCUUCGACUUCGUGAUAGAAGCGGGCGCUUUGAUGUUGGCAGACAACGGCGUGUGCUGCAUCGACGAGUUCGACAAGAUGGACCCGUCCGACCAGGUGGCCAUCCACGAGGCCAUGGAGCAGCAGACCAUCUCGCUCGCCAAGGCGGGAGUCCGAGCAACACUCAACGCUCGCACGUCGAUCUUAGCGGCCGCCAACCCAAUAGGCGGGCGCUACGACCGCGCCAAGUCGCUGCAACAGAACGUAGCCUUGUCCGCGCCUAUCAUGUCGCGGUUCGACUUGUUCUUUAUAUUGAUCGAUGAAAGCAGUGAGAUGGUGGACUACGCAAUCGCCCGCAAAAUCGUCGAUCUGCACUGCAACAAGGAGGAGACCUAUGACUGCGUGUACACGAGAGAAGAUCUGCUCCGGUACAUCGCUUUCGCGAGGUCCUUCAAGCCUAUCAUUACUGAGGAAGCCGGCAAGCUCCUAGUGGAAUACUACACGGUGCUCCGCGGGCGCGACGGCAGCGGCGCGUCCGGCGGCGGCUCGUGGCGCAUCACCGUGCGCCAGCUCGAGUCCAUGCUGCGCCUCGCCGAGGCCAUGGCCAAGAUGCACUGCAGCGGCCACGUGGCGCCGCAGCACGUGCACGAGGCCUACAGAUUGCUGAACAAAUCCAUUAUUCGCGUGGAACAGCCUGACAUCCAUUUGGACGAAGAAGAACCUCAGCUGGAGCCGACGAUGGACGUCGAUCAAGAUGUACCCAACGGCACUGCGGAUACUAACGGCCACGUGAACGGAGACUCCGCGCCCAAACAGAAAUUAACUCUCUCCUUCGAAGACUACAAGUCCCUCAGCGACAUGCUGGUCGUGUUCAUGAGGAAGGAAGAGGCGGAAGCUGAGACUAGAGGCGAAGAAAGCGCGGGCAUGCGUAAGAGUGCCGUGGUCAGCUGGUAUUUAGAACAGCUGGUAGCGCGCGGACACAUCGAGAGUGAGAGCGAGUUACUACAGAGGAAAACACUCGUCGAGAAGGUCAUCGACCGUCUUAUGUACCACGACCAAGUGAUAAUCCCUCUGUCCACGACGGGUCUGAAGGCCACCCAGAAGUCCGCCGACCAGGAGUUAGAAGACGACCCGCUGCUCGUGGUGCACCCUAACUAUGUGGUCGACUCGUGAACUGUGAAGCAGUGACGUCACGGGUGUUAGGCUUAAG